UAACAUUGAAUUCUAGAAGACGAUGAUCGGAGAUGCCGAGAUCUAUUGAUGCCUUAAUGCCUUGGUGCCUUGGUAUCUGCCUUGGGUGGUCUGACCGCUGACGUAUGAUUACAGCUUCACUACAGACUACUCGGGUUGAUCUGUUCUAACAUUUCCUUCAUCCACUCGUUAUGAAAAUCCUACUAUAACUCAGGCCAGCAUCAACAUGCGGGAUAAUGGCAUCACAGAGGCUAACCGUGUGCUCCCAAAGUAUCCUGGUGAUGAUACUCGACCCACCAGCAAGGAGGAGCUUGCUGGGUGGUACUCCUACGGCUGGGCAGCAGAGGUCUUUGCCGUGUGUGGCAUAGGCUCAUUUCUCCCAAUAGCAUUAGAGCAAAUGGCUCGAGACAGAGGCGUUCUCCUCUCCGACAGAACAACGCCGUGCAAGGCAACCUGGAAUGAUCCAUCGCAGACAUCAGUACUUGGCGGGAAUUGGAAUUUCUCUUAUGGUGCUACUGGUUCUGGUGGACCUCAUUCACCGAAAUCAGGCCAAUGCGUCAUCUACAUCCUUGGGGCUGAAAUGAAUACUGCUAGCUUCGCCAUGUACACAUUCUCGACAAGUGUCCUGGUUCAGUCGAUUUUGAUCAUAUCGAUGUCAGGUGCUGCGGAUCAUGGAAGCUAUCGUAAACUUUUCUUGGUAACUUUCGCUUUCCUCGGCUCAUGCUCAACGAUGCUGUUUCUUUCAGUGAUACCUAAGGUCUACCUCCUAGGCGGACUAUUUGCGAUCAUUGCGAACACCUGCUUUGGAGCUUCAUUUGUGCUUUUGAAUUCAUUCUUACCACUACUGGUCCGUUAUCACCCUUCGUUACUGAAUACGAGCGACGAGGGCACCCCAUCGGACGUCGAUGAAGAACACCCUGCGUCUGCUACCGCCGAUAUGUAUCAAGAUACAGCCGAUGCUACUUCACCGCUACUUCAAUCUUAUCAAGCUCAUGGUGCGAAUUCGGCGAUGAAUCAAAAGAAUACUGCUCUUCCCAAAAUAUCGAAAGAAUUGAAACUUUCAACACAGAUAUCCUCUUACGGGAUUGGUAUAGGAUAUAUCGGUGCUGUGAUACUGCAGAUUGUUUCCAUACUAGUUGUCAUUGCUACACAUCAGACAACAUUUUCACUUCGUCUCGUACUUUUCUUGAUUGGACUGUGGUGGUUUACUUUUACUAUACCUGCAGUCCUUUGGCUGCGCCCACGUCCCGGUCCACCGCUACCACUUUCUAAGGACGGAAAGCAGUAUCGCUCAUGGAUUGGUUAUAUGAUUUAUGCGUGGACGUCUCUUGGUAAGACAGCAAUGCGAGCUCGGCAUCUCAAGGACAUCUUGUUGUUCCUCGCUGCGUGGUUCCUGCUCAGCGAUGGCAUCGCGACCGUCAGUGGGACGGCUGUGCUUUUUGCAAAGACACAACUCGACAUGAAGCCCGCUGCUCUUGGAGCGAUAAAUGUGGUGGCGAUGACAGCAGGAGUUUGCGGGGCAUUCUCCUGGAGUUAUAUAUCACGUUUGUUUAAUCUCCAGGCAUCUCAAACCAUCAUCGCAUGCAUUCUUUUAUUUGAGCUCAUACCGCUGUACGGUCUCCUGGGAUUUGUUCCGGCUAUUAAGAAAUUAGGAUUUCUUGGACUUCAGAAGCCAUGGGAAAUGUUCCCGUUGGGCGCGGUGUACGGGCUCGUCAUGGGAGGAUUAUCGUCUUAUUGUCGCAGUUUCUUCGGGGAACUUAUACCACCUGGUUACGAGGCCGCUUUCUAUUCGUUAUAUGCUAUCACCGACAAGGGUUCCAGCAUUUUUGGACCUGCGAUAGUAGGCGCCAUUACCGACCGCUAUGGAGAAAUCCGGCCUGCAUUCUUGUUUCUUGCAUUUCUUAUAUUCCUUCCCCUACCGCUGAUGCUUCUGGUCAAUGUUGAACGGGGAAAGCAGGAUGCUUUUGCCCUGGCUACCGAGCUGGAAGGCAAGCGAGAUGCGUACCCAAGUGGAUACGGGACGGUUCCCCAUAUCCAGCUCAUAGAUGAGGAGGCGGAUGAAUAAGAUUAAGGAUUGCAUGCAGUCACAAUUUUAGGACUAAACAGUAAUUUUUAAUCUUGUCAUAUCUCUUCCGCCAGGUUACAUCCAUCCAUACUGUCUGCAUUUAGUAUGCAAUACAAUAUAAAUAAUGUCUAUCAGCAUGUCUUCUGAGCAGCCUGUAGAUACUACUUGGAUACCUCGCAGCCGGUCCUAGGUACCUACCGGGAGUACGAGGCUGUAUCUAAUCCCUAUGUACCUGGUACGGAGCAGCGAAGUAUCCUGUAGACCGAGGCGGG